AUGCCGGCGACGCUCUCUUCCUUCCCCGAGGAGCUCCUCGAGCGUAUCCUCUUGCUCGUCCUCACCCCGGCCCCUCCUCCCUCGCACCCUCGCCCUACCUGGCACCAGCCGCCUCCAAGCAUUCCCGGAGCUACGUCCGUCGCUCCGCUGCUCGUUUGCCGCACGUGGUUGCGUAUCGCCACCCCCUUGCACUACCGUACGCCCAUCUUGCGCUCCGCCCGUGCUACCGCGCAUUUGGCAGCUACAUUGCACGCCCACCCUGCGCUCGGCCGCUGUGUACGCGCUCUGCGCGUCGAGGGCUCGUUUGACGCUCUUCCCGACGUUGUCCGCUGGUGCCCGUUCCUCGAGGCCUUUGACAUGACCGUCGACAACGGCACUGCGCCCCCUCCGUCACUCUCUCCUGCGCGUGGGCACGACGUCGUCGACGAACAUGUACGCGCUUUCUGCAGCGCGUUUUCCGGCAUGCGCAAGCUCCGCCAUCUGGUCAUCAGGAAGAACGCCUAUCUGACGCAGGCCCGUCCAACGCUUGUCUUCGAGGAGUUGGGCAAGGCCAUCAGGCAGUGGCGCGAUCUGGAAAGUGUCAACAUCGAUUUCCGCUUCUCGCCCUCGCCUGCCUCCGCCGCCUUUGCUGCUGCCCUUGCGGUGGCUCCCAAGCUGCGAUAUGUCCGUGCCGCUCUCCCUGCAGUGUGGAACACCACUCUCCUCGAGAUCUCCGCGAACCCGGCUCUCGAGCGCAUCCAGCUGACGCCCGACACGGAGCUUGUGGGUGCACACCUAUUCCUCAGCGAGGCCUCCAAGCACCCGCGACUGCUUGAACUCAUCCGCGCUGGUACGCCUGUCAUGCGCCGUCGCGCACGCACGACAACUGCCAUUCCGCUCACUGCGUCUGCCCCCCACUCGAUCUCUCACGCAGGUGGUUGCCCUCCGCCCUUGCCGCGCGGGUCGGCCGUGGCCGCUCGUGUAGCAAACUCGGUCCCCGCAGGCUCGCUACAGAAACGGGGGGUUUGGGUUUGUUAUAAGACCUACCUCGGUGGAUCGGACCCCACGCGGGCGAAGCAGACGCGGAGCAAGUGCGGAGACGUCGAUCUGGCCGGGAUGAGGAUGAGGGAUGUUGAAUGGGAUGCGGGCCGUCCAGGAAACGUCGCGAGGUGCAACGUGAAGGACGUCGUGUACCCUGCCCCGGUCUCUACAGAAUGCCGGGCCGACGAGAAGUCCCCAGCCGCGAAGAGGAGGAUUGCCUUCCGGGCAGCAGCCGGGUCAUCAGCGCCAGCGAUUCUCUUGGGCGUGUUCGCCUCGUGCGCGAGGUCUGCGGUUCUGUUCCAUUUGCCGCCUGCAGGCCGCCGGCACGGGAGGCGCCUCGAAGAGAAGAAAGGAGACGAUGAGAAGGACGAUAGGACAGGGCUCCGACGUGCGCGCCUGGCUUGUGCGUGCUGGUGUCCUGGUGUCCUGGGCGACAGAAGUCAGGACCGUGGCCGUGACCAUCUCCGCGCCGUCGAUUUGCAACUGCCUCUGGCUCUGCGAACAGGUGUCCGCCCAUUCCGCACGGCGUCCCACUAG